AUGCCCGGCGAGCGCCCCUCGUGCUCCCCGCCCCCCCCCCCCGGCCUCCCCGCGCGGACCGCGGGGCCCAGGUUCCACGCGGGCGCGGCGGACGACGGCGGGGGCUACACGGUGGAGGUCAGCAUCAACGACUACUUGGACAUCUACUGCCCGCACUACGGGGCGCCGCUGCCGCCGGCCGAGCGCAUGGAGCACUACGUGCUGUACAUGGUCAACGGCGAGGGCCACGCGUCCUGCGACCACCGGCAGCGCGGCUUCAAGCGCUGGGAGUGCAACCGGCCCGCGGCGCCCGGGGGGCCGCUCAAGUUCUCGGAGAAGUUCCAGCUCUUCACGCCCUUCUCCCUCGGCUUCGAGUUCCGUCCGGGCCACGAGUACUACUACAUCUCUGCCACACCGCCCAAUGCUGUGGACCGACCCUGCCUGAGGCUGAAGGUUUACGUGCGGCCAACCAACGAGACCCUGUACGAGGCCCCGGAGCCCAUCUUCACCAGCAAUAACUCGUGCAGUGGCUUGGGCGCCUGCCAGCUGGUCCUCAGCACCGUCCCUGUGCUGUGGACCCUCCUGGGCUCCUAGCCCCAGCCCACCUGGAUGCCCCGCCUAGAGACCAGCUCGAGACUCCGUUUCUCCCACGACUGGUGCUGCCCUGCCAGGCAGGGGGGGGCCGUCCACCGCCCCAGGGCCAGCCCUGGGGGGCGCGGCUGAAGGCCCUGAUGCCUGAGAGGCCGGGUGUCUGUCCAGCCUCCCGGCCAAGCCAUUCCUUCCAGGGUGCCGGAGAGCCCAAGAACCUCUCGCUAGGGCUUUUCUUUUACGGCGGAAUCAGAAAGACUUGAGUUUUUAAUUUAAUUUAUUCCUUGCUGUCGCCGGUAACUUUGGGAAGGAGACAGAGUGGAUGCUGCGUGGGUCCCUGGCCCCCCCGGGGCACGGGGAUCGGGAGACCCCUGGUCUGGCUGACCCUCCGGUGCCCUGGGACAGGCCGGUCGGUCUGAGACGGAAGGGGCCGGGGAUGCGUGCCCCUGAUUCCGGCCCAGGAAUCAGAGCCCACCUCAGACCCCACCCCCCACCCCCCCCACCUCCUCCCUCCAGGGUGCCUCACCAGAGAGCCCCUUGUGGAGCCCUGGCCCCAUCAGAGCCCCCGCCCCCCCGUCUUAGAACCGCUUAGGCCCCGCCCCGUCCCCCCAGCCUCACCCGCUCGCCCCCGAGGCCCAGAAGACGUGACAUUUCUGUAAAUAGAGCCAGCAAGCAUAUACUGUGAUUUAUUUUUACUGUAUUCCUAAGGAUGGCCUGGAAAGUUUCUUUUUUUUCUUACCCCUUCAUGGGAGGGGGGGCACUUUUAUUUUGGUGGGGGGGUGGGGGGACUUUUUAGAGUAGAAGCCGCACUUCGCAAUAAGCUCGUGUGUCUGUCGGAGCCCCUGCCCCUACUCUCCGAACUAAUAACGUUUGUAAGAGAAAAGAAAACAGGACAAAAGGAAACACGGGGGCCACCACCAAGAAAAGACACCCCCCCGACACUUUAAAGAAGCAAACCGCAUUUAUACAGAUUUCAUAUUUCCUACCCGCCUUUCCUGAUCUGUGUUUUAUAUAUAUUAUAUAUAAAUAUAUAAUGAUGCGAGGCCGCCAGGAGACGGCUCCUGGAUGCCGGGUGGGGGGCUUUUGUAGGGGGCAUCGUGGGCGGGUGGUGGCGUCACGCCUGGAGCUGGCGACCGGGACCCCCCCCUCCAUUACAAUCAACUUUGGAUUCUGUAUUUUUUUAUAAUAAAAUGAGCGUAAACUUCAAGGAUGUG